AUGUAUUACUCAGAGUUUCAAACAAUAGCACCAUGUGGAGGAGUACUUCUUUCACCAGACUGGGUUCUAACCGCAGCACAGUGUGUCCAGGACAAAAGAAAUUCCAUUAUUUUAUUUGCCACUGGAUUGAAUGGAACUGGUUCUAAACAAACAGUACCUGUAAAAGCUACAUAUAUAUAUCCAAUGUAUCAAGCUUACUCUGUUCUUCCUGAUCGAGAUUAUAACAUAGCACUUAUGAAACUUACCAAACCAUUUGAUAUAUGCCGUAACAAAAUAAUUCUACCUAAUGUUCAACCUAUCAAAUAUGAUAAUUACAAACUGUGUCUAAUAUUUGGGUGGCAAAGUUAUGUUUCAUUAUCUUCAAGGGUUCUAGCUAAGCCAAUUCAAUACUAUGAAGUAAUUCUUAAUACCUGGAAAAUGUGUACAUAUAUGAUAAAAACAAAUACAAAUUAUACCAAUAUAUUUUGUACAAUGGUCGAAUUUAAAGAUGAAAUAAAAGCUUGUGCUGGUAAUCCCGGUUCCCCGGUUGUAUGUGAGAAUCAAAAUCGUGAAACAGCUCUACUCGGAAUUGCAUCUUGGACAAACUUCUCUUUAGAGUGUGGAGAUCUUCAAACAUACCUUGAUCUUGAUGCAUUUAGGUAUAUGUUUACAAGUAAAAUAUAUUAAUUAAAAUUAAAUUGCUAUAAAAUUUGUUUCAAAUUAAAUGAAAAACAUUGUAAAUUUAAAAAUAAUGCUAGUAUGUACAAUAAUUCAUGGAAUGGAUCAGAUCUUGUACAAUCAGGCUCACAGAUAAGUUAUUGGCCAGAGGAUACAAAGAUACAACCAUAUAAUGUAUCAGAAACAUUAAUAAGGUCUCAAGACACAUCUACAGAAAACAUGAAUAAAUCCUAUUUCUGGAAUAAAUUAUAUCAAUCUAUUUUUAACAAUUUUAAUGAUACCAAUAUAUCUUCUUCUGAUGGUUACUAUAAGACAUCUUAUAUACCCAUAGCAAAAGAAUCAAAUAAUAAUAUUUAUAAAUAUGAAGAAAUUGGAAGUUUUCAAAAUAAUGAUCAAGUUGUAGAGAAUUUGAAUGAACAAAAUCCAUUCAGUAUUAUUAAUAAAUCAUUGUUAUGUAGUAAUCCAAAGACUGAUAAGGUCACAGUAAAACAUACGAAUCAAAUAGAAAUAGAUGAUUUUGAAUUUUUAUUGCCAUUUAAUUUUGAGGAUGUAACUGUUUCUUCUUCUUUUAUUAUUAUUUAUUUUAAAAAUCUAUUUUUGCACUGUGUAUUUUGGUAUCUUUACAAUAGUAUUUACAUGUAA